UGCAUUAUAUAGUUUCAUCAAGAACGUUGAGAUACAAGUGGCCUCUAUAGAGUUGUGACACUAUCUUUUAAAGAUUUGACUUGGUGGACUAUUGCAAUCGGCUUCGUCACAACUUGCCAACAUGUGUCUCUUCUCAACUUACAGGAACGCGCUAUGUACUUACGCAUCUAUUUAUAUUAUGUCGGUGACGCAGUAAAAAGUAGUGCACGCAUACAACCCGUGACAAAUCGUGGAAAUGCGCAUUUUCGGUAUUGUUUGUCCAUAUCAUAUUGGUAUGGACGGUGGACAUUCAUUUAAGUGUUAAAAUAGGGAAAACAUGGGAGUAGAUAUCCAAACACAUCGCUGUAGAAUCGGAUCAUUCUGUAUCAAGAAUAGUUCCAGAAGCUCUGGCGGCUUGACGGGGUGCAAACCUGAGGAGGCAAAUGGUAGCAAUGAUAAAUCACUACUCAUGGUCGUGCUUGUAUUAUUGAUGACGUCUCGAAAUGAAAUGUUUUACUCGAAGAGUGGUCUAACAAGCACUUUUCUGAAAGAUAUUGCAGAAUUCAGAGAAUCUGUAAAAGAGUUGCUGUCAAACAAUUCUACUAUACAACACUGCAACAAUCAAGCAUUUGGUCAUGAUAUGUCUCAGGUGUUGCUGAAAUAUACGUAUGUAAACAGAAGCUUGUUUGAUACAGCGACAAUGCGACAUUUCUGCUCGGACACUCAUACUGAAGACAACGCUACAAUUUUAAACGAAGGACUUCAUACUUUGCGCGUUGCAGAGGAGAAUACGUUUUUGUAUGAAUGUAUAAAUCGGACGCUAUUGAGCAUCAUAAAGACUCAUUUAAUGAAGUCUGGUGUAGAACUUAAUCCUGGCCCUAUACCCUCUAUACCUAGAGGAGGGUGUUAUCUCGAAGGGAAGAGGAACAUAUCAAAUUCGUCAACGCCUGACUGCACUAAAGAUUCCCAUAGUGGGAAAGCUAUACCGCGUAUUGGUUCUGUUGAAGCCGAUAGUUUUUGGGGCACACAUAUUUUCAAAAUGGAUCUAAGUGAUGACACACAGAGCGGUUUGCGCAACAAGAAUACUAAGAGAGCUAAAUCCUUUGCUAUCAGUCGGAUACUCGAUGAAUUUUGCACAUUUGGCGAAUAUUGUCAAUUGGAAACUCCACCUCUGUUUUACCUUUGGAAAAGAAAUGCAUUUGUGGUGUUACCGUCAGUCUCAUGGUGGAAAGAACUGGAAAGAACAUUUACUGUCGUAGAUGUUUAUCCAGCUGCUUUUCUCGCCUUCAGAAAUGAGUUUAGGCAAUCGUUCGUAUGUCGAGAUGGACAUAAGCUUUCGUUUUUAAAUAAACUCAUAUUACAUGGACAUGUCGCUUCCAUCAACUUCUAUGAUAUAACUGUGACGAACCCGUUCGGCGGCUUUCAUGGCACAAGCGGAAAUCGAAACAGUAGGCAUAUUUUUCCAGACACGAACGAGAAACAUACUAAUCCUUUAAAUAAAUCGGCUGAUCAAGAUAAAUACCCAACACAAGUUUCAGAAGAUGAUGUAUUAUUUACCGAAGGGACACAGACGGAAUUAGUUCGAGACGAAAAUACAGAAAGUCCUAAUCCCAUGUCAUCUGAUGUGUUGGUGUAUAACGCAACGGUACAUAAUGACAUUUGUUGGGAGAGUCUACCCACAAUACAUACGGAUUCCGUCAAUAGUGUUCGAGAAAUCCGAAACUCCAGCAACCGUUUGGAUCGAAUGGAGUUGAAUCAUUUAGCCAUAAAUGGAUAUCAAAAUGCUCGUGUUGGAAACAGCUCAAAUGACAGAUUGUUUUCAAACGGGAACUCUAGAAGUUUGAAUACAGCAACUUAUUUACAAAAACAAUAUCCGGGGGCAAGAUAUCCUGAUUACGAAAACGCGAUUUCAAGGAGGGAGACAUAUCGAGGCUGGCAAUUAGCUCAACCAAAUCCAGACACCCUUUGUUCCGCCGGUUUUUUCUUCACUGGUCAGAACUACGACCUCGUGCGGUGUUUCUGCUGUGGUAUAGGACUGAAAGACUUUACAGACACGGAUGAUCCAAUGCUGGAACACGUGAAACACUCUGCUAACUGUCCAUUUAUGAUUGACCACUUUGGAAGUCGCGAAGCCAUUGAACAGUAUAAGCAGACACACUUACGUCCAGAUCCAGAAGAAAUCAGACAAAGGCAACGUCAACUAUAUCAGCAACAACAAGGUCGCCCGAUAUCAAACUACAGAGCCAAGCACGAGCGGUUCCGGUCGCUGUCAGCUCGCUUAGAUACGUUCACAAACUGGCCUCCAUAUUUAUCCCAGAGACCAGAGCAGCUGGCAGAAGCAGGGAUGUAUUACACAGGUAUUGAUGACCAUUGCCGCUGCUUUGCCUGUGACGGCGGCUUAAGGAAAUGGGAACCAGGAGAUGAUCCAUGGAUAGAACACUGCAGAUGGUUUCCGGCCUGUCCAUAUGCACGCGAAGUAAAAGGGGACGAAUUUAUCGACCUUGUUCAAUUGUCAGCAGAUCAGGCAGCAGCAGAACACGCAUCUAAUCAGCAAGAUGAAGUGAAUGGGGCUAUGGCUGCAUUGAAUGUGGACGACAGAAUUGUCCAACAGAUUGUUCAUACAAAUCAAACCAUACUUACACGUGACAUGGGUUUUACUUUUGAAGAUGUCAGGAAGGCUGUUCUAGAACUUGUACAACAAGGAAACAGCGAUCCCAAUAUGGAUGAUAUUGUUUUGCGUCUUGAGAUAAUAAAGGAGAGGACACACAUCGGUGAACUUUUUCACAUACAAGAAUCAACAUCUCAGCCAAAUAAAAAUACAUUAUUAGAACAAAACCAACGUUUAAAAGACCUUCUAAUGUGUCACAUAUGCCACAAAAACCAAGCGAAUGCAUUGUUUCUACCUUGCACCCAUCACAAGUACUGCUUGGAGUGUACACAGCAUAGCGAUAUGUGUCCAGAUUGUGGGAGACCGAUAAAACAACGCAUUCGUACAUAUAUGGGGUGAAACCAUGACUACUACGUUUUAGACUGCACAAUGUAAUAGAUGUCUAGACAUCUGCAAACCGACGAAAGAAAGGAUUCGUACGUACGAACUUAAACAUGUAAAAUAUGGAAACAUAUUUCGCUUUGUUAAAUGUUUGCGCAUAAUUCAUUCAUUGAAUUUUGCUUGAACUUAUACAGGUCAAAUCAUGAGUGAAUUAGUAUACGACGGUGUGUGUUUGUCAAUCCAUUUUAUUCAAUGUUACAAGCAUAUAAAUUACAUUAUUCCACAGACAAAUUAUCAAUCUACAUUAUAUGAAGAAAAUCGAAUAUUACCUGUUUCGGAUUGCUUGUCUGGAUGAAGAUAUUAUUUGCCAAGCUUGAUGUGUCAUUGACUAGUUUAUUGAAUAAAGCUUAUAUUGUAAAUCGAAGUAAUACUUUAAUUGACGUUUUUUUUUCAUUUUAACGUUUCAAGAUUGUGUGAUUUUUGACACAGUUUUAAAAAGGUAAAUAAGUAUGAGUUCGUUAUGCAAACAGUGUGUUUAUACCAUCAUGCCAUUUUAAAUUAAUCCUCUAGAAAGCCAGAGCUAUAUUGGAUUUUGUUUUUGUCUUUCUAAAACAUGUUUACGUAUUGACAUUCUUAAAACCUGUAUUUAGGUUUGGUUCUGCAAGCAAUACAGAAGUUUGACAAAAAGCCACCAUAUUUAAUUUAAUAUGAAUACUUUGAAUUAUUGUGCAACUUUAUUUAUUAUAUAUGUUUAAUUGUACGAUCAUUAUUUUUAAAAUUUAUAUUUGCAUCGUUAAGUUCGAUUUGCCAUUAAAUUUAUUUGUUUUACUUAAAUCGUUCAAUUGGUAUUGGUCAUAAAUUACACAGUUUGACUGAUUUUGUUAAUAGGGCACACGCGCUGUAUUUUAUUUUGCUGUAAUCAUCGUCUCAAUUAAAUAGGAAUGCACGUUACCAACGUGUUAUUUUUCAACAAACCUAUUUUGAUUAUACCAUGUUAGAGAUAAAUGAUUUCUGUGAAAGCAUUGUAUUGUUUGGUUCUGUAGUCAAAUACGUUUUCGGAAAAUUUUAUAUAUUUUCCCAACAGCGUUUCUCAGACAGCCAUUUUUUUUUAAAAUACAAUGAGGAUCAUAUUUUCAGAAAAAUAGAUUUUAUUCUAUGAUUUUUCUUUACGUUAUUGGGGUUUUAAUUGAUUUAAAUAUGUAUUUUCUUCCAAAAUCAUAAGGUCUGUUGUUGUAGAGUUUAAUUAAUUUAAUUCUGUUUGAAACAUGCUUCAACCAAUUUUGAGUAUCGAUUAAUUUGUCUAUAGCAAUUGCUUUAUUAUUGUACACAUGAAUAACUUUAAAUUUAAAUGCCAACAUGUUUUAUUAUAAUGAUAGUUUGUGCGUUUACUUAAUUGCAGAAUUUAAAGCUGUUUAACACUCUAAUUUUUGACGACAUGUUACAUAACAUACAAAUGUUCGAUGAUUGAAAGACAGCAGGACUAACGAUAUUUUUUGCAUGGGUAGAAUGGUAAGCAAAUAUAAGAAAAAUGCGUAACAUAAAUGAAAAAAACAUGUCAAUUUCUUUCAUUAAUCGAAUAUAUAUAGUUAUGCAAAUUUAACGGAUAUUGGUAGGCAUCGUUUCGUUAUUUACCAAGAUGUAACGAGCGUUAGUUGCUUUGCUAUGUAACUACAUUAAACAUUUUGAUGUUUGAAACAAUGUUCGUCGUUUUUAUAUUAUUAAAUGUAAUGCAUACAGUGCUGAAUCACAAUGAUUUUCGUUAUAUGAUUCGUGUCCUCUGUACGAAUGUGUAAUUAAAUAUUUUCGCAUAAUUUUAAAACGAAAUAAUGCACACAUUGCUGCCCAUAAAAACAAAUGCGGACUUACACCUUAUGUCUAGAUUUUGUUGCAAGAUUUGAAAUUACAAGAAUGUUCAUACAUUUACCGCAAUAUAUAAUGAGUUGGGGGUCUACGCACUCGGUAUGCAGUUUUAUACGUUUUUAUAACUUUUUACGUUGGAUACAUUUUGUUAUGUCAUACCGGAACUGUUACAUGUUUUUAUGUUUAUUUGUUGUACGCGUUUGUGUCUUGUUAGACACUUUUAAGUACUGCAGCUACUGCAAUGGAGGUUACUUAUUUGAUUUGCGAUGUCGAUGAAAUAUUAUGAGUUGCUGUCCUGUUAGAGGGUUGUCCACAAGGCGAAAAGGUUUCAGCUCCCACUCCCUGGAGAAUGCGAGUGUGUUUAGUUGCCUUCAUACUGUACAUGUACGAUUUCCCCAGGAAAGAGAAUAGUAAUUUAGCGUCAAUUAACGUUUUACCGAUAUGAACGUCACCAAUAUCGUGCGGGGUUAAUGAUACUCGCAAUACAUAGUCUGUUACGCCAUACGGCUGAGGGAGAUCAAGCUCGGACAGAAUUUAAGAGCUUAAUGAUGUUAAUAUGUUCAAGACUGAUUAUCGGUUGUUGGUAUUACAACAACCAUUUAAAUUGACUGCUAUUAAAGGUAAGAACAAACGUUCAAUUAGCCAAUAUGAUAUUGCCAUAAGUUAUUUCGAAGUUUAAAAAUAAUGCUAGCACUCAAAGACUAAGAUUUCGGGAAAUAAUAUCCUGAUAAUUGCCCUACGCUUGCGGACAUUUGGUUACAGUUCUGUAGUGCUGUACGCAAAUUAAUUGAAGUACGCAAUGUGUCUAGGUGAAAGUUAUAAUGGAUUUCUGAAAAUUAUGUUCGGAGUUUUACAAAUGUUACUUUUGUAUUGCUACUCUAAUUUGCUCUUUACAAUCAUGCUAGAUUAUAUUCAGGCUAAUGUAUAAGGGAUAUCACUUUUUACAUUUGUAUAUGUACGUUCGUCCAAACUUUUUAUAAUAUGGUAAACAUUUAUAAUUUAUUUUCAUUAAGGUGAAACAUUGCGAAACUUUAGACUGUGUUGUGUAAAUGUAAAUCGUUAUUCACUACGUAUACUGUUCGUGACGAUAAUUCUAGCUCUAUGGUAACAUAUCCUUUUAACAACUUAUUAAACAAAAUAUACCCAAGGUUUGCAAUAGCACAUUAUUAACACAUUAAUGCAGAAAGUAAAAACACUGGGUUAACAAAGGCAUAAUUGAUAAAUAUUGAGUUGUGUUGUCAAUUCAACAUGGACAGAUGAAACAAGCAGCAUGUGUUGAUUGUUUUUAAUUUGAGUGCUUAACUUAUCAUUUCCACGAUUAUGUUGAAAUGAGUAUAUUGCCCUAAAAUUAAGUACUUUCGAUGAUGUUAUACUUUAAACGUGAUUAAAAAAGACAUUAACAAUCGCUUCUGUCAUAAUUAUCUUGCUUUUAAAAUCAUAUUAAAUACGCUGUUUUUGUUUUACACUAAAUAAUUUUUUUUCUUAAAUCUAUCAAUUUAUUACAUCUUUGUUGUUUUAUUUAAUUAGUCAUACAAUAUAAACAUUCUACUGCUGUGAUCUUUACAAUUAAAUUUCACGUUUUAUCAUCACACACUUUAUGCAUUAAAUCUAACAAUGUCUUCAAAACAUAUACAUCAUUUUAUAAUAAAGCAAAUACGAAUGUGUACAAGUGUUUGCUUUAGUGUACAUUGUAGUGUUGUACAUAUUUUAUUAUCAUUUUAUUGUAUUUUCUCAAUAUACUUUAGCUACGUAGAUUUCCUCGGCAGCAUAUUGAUUAAUCAACAUGAUAUGUUCCAGCACUGAUAAAAACACAUGAAUGAAAGUGGUUUAUUCGACGAUGACAAUAAAAUAAGGGUUGAUCAGCAUCCAAGUAAAGCUUCUAUAGAUUGUUGUCAAAUGAAACAAUGCUGUUAACGUAUAUGUUUUCAUUUCUAGCGAACUCUAUUUUGAGUGUGUGUAUGAUUUCAUCACUUUAUAUAUUGUAAUUUGUGCUAAAAGAACAAAUACAAAUUUAAUAAAACUAGAUAAAUGGUCUUCUAGAGUGAUGAUACUAUGGUUUUUAAUCAAAUAUAGAUUAAAAACCACGAACGCUAUGAAUUUUUACAUUCCUCGAAAUAUAAGGCGUUUUCAAUAAUAAAAUGUUAAAUACAUGCAAUAAUUACCCGUCAUUCCAUAUAUUUCAGCCGUUUUCUAGUUAUUGUACAAGAAACAAAGUAGAAUAUUUUUAUCUAAGUUUCAUUGUAUUAAAAUGUCUGUACAUGUCUAGCGGAUAUUGGCAAACAAUCUCUCACAAUUAGUGUCUCUUGCUUAAUCAGUAUAUCAGGCAUUGUCCAUGGUUUGAGAUUUUGUGCUAUCAAAUGUAAUCAACGGCUUUUGAUUACCUGUAAUCAAAUAAAAUAUAAUCUGUAAAAAAUAAGGUUCUUCGUAAAAAUUAUUUUAUUGUUUUAAUAACGGUAAACUAGAAUCACUUGCAUUAUAAACUUAAUAAGUACUCCAUUACAUUUCUC